AUGAAAGCCGCCGGUCCAUCUGUGGAGGUCACGGUCGACGUUAAAGUUGUUAUUGUCCCGGAAGUACAAAAGGUUGAAAAGACUACCAAAGUUGUUGUCUCUAUCAUGAACGCUAGUGUAGUCGAGCAGUGUUUUCUUGGAACGUAUAAUCCCUUGGCACAAGGUCCGGGGAUGGCAGCAGCAUACACUGCUUCAACUCAAAGCGCCAGCCCAGCCGCAUCUGCCGAUGCAGCGACUGACCCUGAUGAUUCUUCUCACGAUUCUACUCCGAACUAUAUGACAGGAGGAUUAGAUAAACCCCACAUCUAUGAACAGGAUCCGGAGUAA